CGCGGCUUGCGGCGAGAAAGCGGCACUCGGCCGACGCUCCACGGAACACACAGGAAUCGUGGCGUAGCAAAAACUAUUUGAGUGACCAUCCGCUUUUCCGGUGGCAUUACACCUCUUCAUUUUUAACCGUCACCAACUUUGCAAAGUUGUCAGUCGAAAGGCAAUGUCAUCCCGCAGUGGACAUCGUGUUCUCUAUGUUGUUGGGUUUCACAGCUCAACUCGUGCAAAGGACUUGGCAGCAGGGUUCGGAAAGUUUGGAAAACUCGUUCGCUGCGACAUUCCUAUGUCUAAAUACAUAAACUCUCAACCAUAUGCUUUUGUGGAGUACUGUGAAUCUGAAGACGCGGAUAACGCGUUCAAGGAUAUGCACAACGUCCACCUCGAUGGUGCUUUAAUCAAAGUGGAGUGGGCGCGUCGUGCUCCUUCCAGUAUCUGGCGUACCGAAGGGCCUCCUGGAGAGCGUGGGAAUGACACGCGCGACUAUACAAACACCGCUAGCUGGGACCGUCACGAUCACCGCAAGAGUGAUCGCGACUACCGUUCGGAGGGGGACGAUGACCGUCGUCAUCGCCGCGACUAUGAGACGGGCAGGAAUGAAGAGCGUCGACAUGAACCUCGCAUAUUUGACCGUGAAGAGGACCGCAGCGAACGCGUUUAUCACCAUGGUCACGAGCGCGACUACGAGCGCGAUCGUGACCGUGAUGAGCAUCGUACUCAG